UCCGUCCUGCCUGGGCUUUUUCCGCCACUUGAUCCGCGCGGUUCCUAUAUUUAGCUCGUCCCAGGGUGCUAUAUUUCGACUGCAUGGCAGUCGGUUAUAAGCCCCUGGGUCGCCACUCCCCCUUUUUCCCCUCUUGCUUUCUCUUCCCUUGGUCCAACUUGUUAGUUAGUUAACUUUAGUUAGCGCAAAAACAAACAAACUUUUCCUUUCUUUUCUUCUUCCCCCCCCUCUCCUUUUUUUAACGCCAUAAGCACUUUCCCUUUCUUCCCGAAACUCAACCAACCGAACACCCUGCUUAAGAAGUGUCAAUGAAAACAGACCCACCGGGCGCGGGUCAUCCCCCCUCCCUUCCCAUCCCCGAGCUGUAGUUUUCAUCCAGACGUAUACAAUAAACAACACGUAUCUCUCCGGACCUGGGGCGGAGAGCGAGAGCGUGUGGACUGACGGACGCCCGUUUUAGACCGGCCGAAGAAGCCAUGGGGCGAGCGGAGGAGCUGAUCCGGACGGCCAAAAAGUUGGAUAAGAUGGUGUCUAGGAAGAACACGGAAGGAGCUCUGGACCUCUUGAAGAAACUGAACAGCUGCGCUAUGAGCAUUGAACUGCUGCAGACGACCAAAAUUGGUGUGGCUGUCAACACAGUGCGUAAGCAUUGCUCAGACAAGGAAGUGGUGGCACUGGCUAAACUCCUUAUCAAAAACUGGAAGAGGUUAUUAGAGUCAUCUGGGACACAGAAAGGGAAGAAAGAGAAAGACGUAGCUGUCUCCGGCUGGAAAGCUGAAGGGGCGCUUUCCAACUCCAUGGAAGUCUGCAAAAGUCCUGAUGGAAAGCAGAAAGACAGGAAAUUGAAUCAAUCCAGCUCACAUGAAGUCAUGCUGAAGAGCAGUUCUUCCUUGAUCUCCAAAUCAGACAGAGACCCCAAAGAGGCUUCUACUUCCCAAAAGUCACACUUGGAGCUCAAAAAAGAGAGGAGGGACUCCAAAGAUUCAAGAUCUUCCAGCUCUACUUCUAGUUCCUCUACUUCCUCUCCCAAGAGACUGUCGGUGGACAGGAGAACCUCUACCAGCUCCAACCCAGCAGCCUCACCUCCUGGAUCUCAUAAGAACAAAGAGGAUAGCAAAGACGAAAGGUCAAAUGACAGAUCUCGAACUGAAGUGCCCAGGAUGCCUGCCAGCCCUGUCACGCCAACAUUUGGAACUUCUAUCUUCUUGCCCUCGUGCUAUUUGACUGGAGACUCCAUUAGGGACAAGUGUAUUGAGAUGGUCUCUGCAGCCCUGAAAAUGGAUGACGAUUACAAAGAAUUUGCAGUCAACUGUGAUAAGAUGGCAGCUGAGAUUGAAGAUCAUAUCUACCAAGAACUGAAAAGCACAGAUAUGAAAUACCGGAACCGAGUGAGGAGCAGAAUUAGCAACCUGAAGGACCCCAAGAAUCCUGGUUUGCGGCGCAAUGUGCUGUGUGGAAGCAUCCCGCCGGCCCUCAUUGCAAAAAUGACGGCAGAGGAAAUGGCUAGUGAUGAACUGAAGGAGCUGAGAAGUGCCAUGACCCAAGAAGCAAUCCGAGAGCAUCAGAUGGCAAAGACAGGAGGUACUGCCACCGACCUCUUCCAGUGCGGAAAGUGCAAGAAAAAGAACUGCACCUACAAUCAGGUGCAAACCCGGAGCGCCGAUGAGCCCAUGACGACUUUCGUGCUCUGUAAUGAGUGUGGCAAUCGCUGGAAGUUCUGCUGAUGCUCUUUGCACCCAUGCGCCAGCGCCACGAAGAUGUUGUACCUGUUGCAGCCAGAGAGAUAAGAGAACCUUUGAACUGUCCAACCGAUGAAAUAAAAGCAGGGAAAGAAAAACAGCCUGCAAAGGUUGAAAUGCUGAAGUUUCAACCCUCACCCCAUCAGAUACCUCUUUAAAAAAACAAAAAAACAAACGAGGUCGGUUUGAAUGACUUUCUUAAAAUGGAAUCCUAUCUUCAAACUCAUUCAGGUGAUAUAUUGGUGCCCUCAAUGAGAGGGCUGUGUGUGUUCUGCAGUUAUAUUAUGCAAAGACAGACAUUAACACUUGAGCAUAGAAGGAGGCCAACAGAUGGUGGGUUGUUCCCUGCUUUUGUUUGGGGAAAUGUAAAAAUUUUCCAUUCUUAAGGCUGCAAAGAUUGGUUUGGCAGUGCAUGCGUGGGCAACAUCCAGCGAAGUCUCCAAAGCGGAGAAAGUUUAUGACGUCAUGAUGAGUACAUGGGUUCGGAAGGCCCAGCUCGGCGAUCAACAGCUUAUUUGAAUCACAAAGUGUAGUUUGUUGAGGCAAAUUGAAAGUAAUGUUUAAAAUCAACUACCAUAUCGGCAAGGGAGGAAAGAAAAACGGGAUGCAUUCAGUUCUGACUCUGUAAUUAGGAGUCAAAAACUACAGAUAGAGGUAGCAUCUAGUACAGGGGUGUCAAACUCAAGGCCUGCGGGCCAGAUUCAGCCCAUGGGGUGCUUAGAUCGAGCCUGCGGAGCCACCCUGGAAACAGUGAGGGACUGGCCCGCAGUGCCUCUGCCAGCGAAAAUGGGCUCCCGAGCUCUGUUUCCGGCUACAAUGGCCUCCUGCAACCCUCUGCCAGGGUUGCAUGCGUCCCUCCUGAGCUCCAUUUUCGCUGGCAGAGGGUUGCAGGAGGCCGUCGCAGCCGGAAACAGAGCUUGGAAGCCCGUUUUCGCUGGCAGAGCACCCAACAUGAGUGACAUUGAGCUGGCCACGCCCACCCUGGCCACACACCCCCUGCCCCCCCCCCCCCAAGGUCAAACACAACCCUGAUGCGGCCCUCAAUGACAUUGAGUUUGACACCCCUGAUCCUAGUAGAAGUUUCAUAGAGGUACAACCUUUAAUUGGCUGGAUUGGUUGAUCCUCUUGGCAUUUCCAUCCAUUGUUUUAGCUCAACAGUGAGCCCAGAACCCCUAUUUUAUUUAUUUGGCUGAACUUGGAAUGUAUUUUUUGGGGGGCAAGAGAAUUCACCUGAUGUCAAGGAAGAGACCUUUAAUGGAAAGACCAUCAGGUAUUUUCUCUCCCGAUUUUUUGACUCUCUGCUCUCAGCUGCCCGUUUUGUUUUGUUUCCUAUCCUGUGACUUUCACAGAGGCUAAAUCAAAGCUUUGAUCCUUUGGUGUUGGCACUGUCACCCCAAAUUCUCCCAAAGCUGCCUUCUCGGAAUCCCUUAUAGGAGGUGAUUGUUACAGGUUGAAUCUGCACGUAAAGUAUGCUUCCUAGCCCCUUCCUGUUCCUUGUAAAGACAGAAUCAAGCAAUAACAAAUUAACCCAUGAUAGAUUCAGGGUCAUCCAAGUACCUUGAGAAGCUAGUUUUGAAUAGGCGACUGUUCUUGCGAUACCUAUUUUAGAAAAGGAUGUCACUCAUUGGAUCCAAGGCAGUUAUGAAUCCUCCUUUCAUGGCUUUGAGAAUGGAUCUGUGGCUAGUUUCAUACACUUCUCCACCUUGGGCAUUCAGUUGCUAUGUGGGCUUGUAGAAUUGACCUAGUUUGCAUGGCUAUUCUGGGUCCAUGUUUCUGGAGGGCAGUUAAAUGGGGGUAAGAUGGACAUUUUUUUGUGGGAAAGGAGCUAGGUGUGAGAAGCAGCCCUAGUAGAUGGGUUGGGGAUGUAAAAUCGUUCAAAAUGGCAGAUAAUUUUCCCCCUUAACAGUUUUUAUAUUAAAUUACCCUGGAUUUUCAAACGAAUCCUGCUAGGUUGUUUGGGAUGUCAGAGUUUGCUCAGGUUCCGCCUCUGCCUAGGAGGAACAGAACUAGUAAACGAAAUGUGUACAGCUAUUGCAUGAUGAGGAAUUUCCUCUUUUGUUACUUGUAAUUCUUCUCUUUAUUUUCAAAUGACUUUGUGCCGUGUAGAGCAAGUACUAGAAUUGUCCAAAGCAGAUACCCGAAUGGAAAGAAGUAAAUUGAAUUCUCGCCUGUCA